AUGAUUACACAGGCGAGCAAGAACAACGACAACAGAGACGGUGUUCUUGCUUCUCUUCUUCAGCUUCCGCCACCACCGUCGCCGGUUGCUGAUCGGUUGAUUCAAAGAGAUGUGAUUAGGAAGAAUGAGAAGAAAGCUUUGAAGGAUGAGGAUGAUGAUGAUGAUGAUGAUGAUGAUGUAGACGUGAAGAGUAGUACUGAUGCAUCUGGCAGCAAGAACGUUAAUCCCCUAGGAGAAUCCGACUCUUCAACACAAGUUGUCGAGAAGAAUGUUGUUACUUUGAGGAAGAGAAGAAGCUUUAUAAGCUUCGAGGAACAAGGAGAUGAUGAGGAGGAAGAAGAAGCUAAUCUUGGUAAAAAAGGGAAGAAGAGAGCCAAAAAGAGCGGUGCAUUAGAGGAAGGAUCACGGUGCAGCCGCGUUAACGGUAGGGGAUGGAGAUGUUGUCAGCAAACUCUUUAUGGGUAUUCUCUUUGUGAGCAUCAUCUUGGUAAAGGAAGGGUAAGGAGCAUGAACAAGAGUGCAGGCCGUCGUGGCGGCGGCGAGAAAAAGGAGGUGGUGAUGGAAGUGAAGAAGAAGAGAGUGAAGCUUGGAAUAGUAAAGGCGCGUUCCAUAAGUAGUUUGCUUGGACAAACCAGCACAAGUAGUGGUAAUGCUGAUGUUGUGGUUUCUACUGAGAGUGAGAUAAGUGCACCUGCUGAUCAGUUUGCUGCUUAUGAUAAGUAAGUCCGUCGAUCAGCAUUUACAGUUGUGUGUAUAUGUUUGUGUACAUAAUGACAAUGGACAUAGCUCUAUGUUUAUGAACACUGUGCCUGUCGAUUGAUCGAGGACUUGGCGUUUUCUCUUGAUCAUACAAUAUAUAUUUGGUGGAUGUUUCCUUUUCA